AUGAGUCACGAAUCAAAUGGAAGUAUAGUUGUUGACGAAAUUGAUCGUUUAUUUGUGGUAUAUGAUAAAGCAAAAGAAUAUAUGAAUAAAAUCUCAAUUGGUAUUGAUCAUCAAACAGAUUUAUGGCAAUAUCGUCGACAAAUUAUUUUUGAUCAAAUGAAAUCAUCAUCAUCAUUUGAUUUUCUUCUACCAAAAACUCAACGUAUUAAUGAAUUAGCAAUUGAAGCUGUUCAAGCUCUAUGUCGAGUUGAUUUAUUAAUUGAACAAAUUCUUCGUAUUGAUCCAAAAUCAUCAUUACAAACACAUCCUGCACCAAGAUCAACAUCAUUUUCAGCACGAUCAUUAGAUACAAAUGUUUCACAUUCAACAGCAACUACUGUUGUAUCGCGUACACGUCAUCCUGUAUCUUCACCAUUGUUAAAUUCCCUAAGUCAACAACAAUCAUAUACGGAACCACUGUUAAAUGGUAAAACAAUUGGAAAACAAACAUUACCCAUGCCUGUACUACGAACACCACAACCAACAGCAUCAAAUCGUUUAUCAUUAGCAGCUACACAAGAAAAAACUGGUUUUAAACCUAUUGAACAACAACGAUCAUCAACUAUUUCAGAAAAUACAUCACGACCAACACCAAUUCAUCCACAGACUACUCAUUAUCCAGCUACUGAAGGACUUAAUUUUGUGGGAUCUAUUACAACUACACAACAUACAACAACAACAGAUUUACCAAUAACAUCAGCAUUGUUUGUACGAAUAAAAUCAAAAAUUCAAUCAACAAAUCUUACAAUAGAAUCUCCAACAACAUAUAUAAAUACCUAUGAAACAACUUCUAAUAUAGAAUAUAUUCCAACAACAACAACAAAUGAUUUAAUUGUUCUAUUAUAUUCAUCAACAACAUUAAAAAUAAAUACAUCAUCAUCAAAUGCAACUCUAUUUGUUAUUAUACUUGUUUGUAGUUUUAGUGGUUUUAUUUUUCUUGCACUUAUUUUUACAUUCCUACUCAGACGACGUAUAAGUAUUGCUUAUUUUAAAUUACCUUGUAUACAUUCGUCAUCGGAAGCAAAAGAUUCUCGAGACAAUACACCAUUAUCCCAUUCACCGAUUCAUGGUAAGCAUAAACAGGAUUAG